AUGUUGACAACAGCCACUGAGAUCCAAACAAAGCCGCAGCCUAUGCACCUGAUAGGGGAGCAUGAGUUUCCUUCGAAUGAACUCACCUUGGUCAACGGCGACACCAAGGCCAGGCAACCGGUAUCGUACACCGGUGUCGGUGAUUUUGAAUGGGGCCCUUGGAAACUCCAAGAUGUCUUGAUUCCACCGAACGCGGGAAGAGGCUUGAUCAAGAAGUAUCACCAACGUCGGACUCUGUAUCAAUACAUUGCCAUGUCCUUGAUUGGCAUCUGGUCGUUCAACAACCUCUCAUCCACAGCGUACAGAGCUGCUGCUUUGGGUCUGCUAUUUCCUGGAGCAGGAUUCAUCGGCGUUGGCACCAUCCCUGCCCUAGGAGCCUUUCUGUUGACAUUGGUCCUGUUCCCUAUCACCAUCUUUAUGUGGUUCGCGAUGGGCGGCAUCUUCUUCCCUAUUGCACUGUGGCUGGGCUCUGCAGUGGCCGCUGGCGCGCUGGCUCAGGAAAAGCUCUUUGACAACGCUGGUGUCGUUUGGGCAGUCUUUUGCUACGGUGGUAUCGCAUGGCUAAUGCACAAUGCUCGACAACUCAAUGCGGCUGGAUAUACUUUGGCUCAAGAGCGCAACAAGUAUCUCGUUGAAGCAGUCAAGGAGCAACGUGCAAAUGCCCAGCAAGCCCCUGCUCCUGGAAGCCGAGAAUUGGAUCUGGAGACCCUUCGCCACGUACAGUAUAUGAUUGAGCGAGGAUUGAGCCCAAAGAAUGACUUCAGCUUUCACGAUGUUAUCGAUCAAUUCCAGACCGGUGCUGUUCGAUACCAACUGUAUGGGGUCGUCGAUGUUCUCAGCCUUUAUCAAUGUCACUAUGCUCCAAGCUUCCAUGGCUACUUGUCUAAAGCUUCGCAAAAUUGCAUCGAGAAGAGCCUUCAAAAGCGGAUCAUGUCGUACUGGAAAUGGGAAUCUAUCUUUGGAAAAUUUACGUUGAGUGACUGGGAUCCCAUCAAGAAGGAUAACAUUAUGGUCACAGGCUAUCUCAGUUGCGUCAUUGGCCUGUACUCGCAAGUCACUGGAGACCGACGAUAUAUGGGAAAGAACGCACUUGAGUUUGUCAUCGAUGACGGCAAGCAUUACAAGACAAAUUUCGAAGGGCUUGCAGAUGCUCUUAACGACAACAUGACGCAGAACCCAUACUGUCUUUACCCAUGCGAGCCUAACUGGACCUAUUCCCUCUGCAACUUGACCGGAAUGGCCGGGCUUGUGAUUGCCGACCGAGUAUUGGGACGGGACCUGGCUGCUAAGCUACGAAACAGAUUUAGUAAGUCUCUUGAGGAAGAGUUCACUGAGACAGAUGGGCGCAUAUUACCCAUCCGUAGCGAGUUUACAGGUUUGACACUUCCGGGGCUCUGCGGUACCUUGACGGAUUGUAUCAACGCGAUGUUGCUCACUGCGUAUCUCCCACAUUUGGCGCACCGUAACUGGGCAAUGAUUCGCAAGGAGUUCCUGACCUAUGACAAGAGCGGCAAUCUGACCGUCAACGGCCUUAAGGGUGCAGACAAGAUGGACCCCAGUAACUACAAAGCCGGCGAGGGCCCGUUGCGAGCCUUCAUUGCCACAACCGCCGCCGAAUUUGGCGACGAAACAGUGCCCAAACAAGCAUUGGAGCAAAUCGACACAAAAUAUUUCCCUGUCGAGACUACCAAGUCUGGAUCUUUGAGAAACACGGGUCUUUCUGCAACCACACAAGUUAUUGCUCUGAUGGCCCGGAUGAUUAAAUGCCGCGAUCUUGCCAAUGCUACCUUGUACGGACCAUCUCAAGAGGUGCUGACCGGACCGCUGCUGGAGGAUGCACCAUUCCCCGAAGUGCUUGUGGCCAAAGCAUACAGUCACACCGGCAAGGAUCUUGAUCUCGUGCUUUACAACGGUCAAGAUCCGGGUACUUUCACACUUGGACUCCAGCGACUGGCUCCCGGCAAGUCAUAUUCUUUGAGUACAGGUGGUUCUCUGGUUGCCGAUGCUGAAGGCAAGGCUUCGGCCAAAGUCGCCAUCAACGGUCGAACUCAGAUUAUUAUCAAGCCUCAGGAUUAG